AUGUCGCCGCCAGCAUGGGUGUCCAAGUCGCUUUGCGAUAUUCUCGGUCUUGACUCUGAGACCGUUAAUCAAGUCAUCAUCCCCGACCUCGAGGGAUACAACACAGAAGUCCGGCUGCGCGGCCACCUUAGCGACUUUCUCGGCUCGACACCGCAAGCGCGCGCCUUCGCCGACCGCUAUGUCGCUUACCGCUUCCCUUCCAUCCAACCCCCUCCACCGGCACCAGUCUCCGAUCCGCGCGUUGACAAGGCAAAGGCAAAGGCAAUGCGCCAGAACCUGAAGCCAGGCAAGCCUGGUACUGGUAGCUCCGCGUCAACGCCGUUCGGCAGCCACACCGAUCUGAACAGCAUGAGCCGCGGCGGAAGUGCGUCAGGCAGCGGGAGGGGCCAGAUGCGCAGCGCCGGGGCGAUCACGAUCAUCGAGAAGAAGGGCAAGGACAAGGGGAAGGGGAAGGCCGUCGAGAAGGCGGGAGACAAGAUCUGGGAUCUGCCCAAGAGCAAGGAGGUGCUUCGACUCGAGGGGAUCGUCGACGCUCUGAGGCAGGUCCAGGACGGAGGGAAGGGGCCGCAUGUCGAUACACCGCCGUGCUUUUGCCAGGCCCGUGUUCACGAGCUGUCAAAGUAUACGCCGCAGUGCGGAGCAUGCGGUCUGAUCCUCUGCGACAUGCAGCCGCCGCACGCUACCUGCCCAUCAUGCGCCCGACCGACAUACUCCCCGCCGCAGCUAGCUCGCUUGAUCAAGCGUGUCGAGGGCGACAUCGAAGUGCAGUACGCCCAUGAGCAAGACGAGCGCGACGCAAAGGAGCGAGAGCGGAAAGAAGCCCUGCUCGCCGCUUCGGGCGGUGGCGCCUUCCCUUCCUUGCCAGGCAAUGCGCCCCGCCAACCCUCGCAGCCGCAGGCGCACCGCGUGCUCACGAUCAACAGCAUUGGGAAGAAGGGCAAGUUCAGCCGGUCCACGGCGACGAUCACGACCAAGACGAAAGUCACCCCGCAGGCAUCGGCGAGCAACACGCCCGCCGAGCCUGAGCCAGACACGCUGCCGCGCCCCCGCUCGCCGCCGCUGGACGAGAAGCGGAUUGCGAAGGAGUGGGCCAAGAGCGCAGAGUGGAGGAAGGAGAAUGACCGGCCGUGGGCCGAUCCCAAACUCGAGCGUAAGGGCGAGAUUUGGACGUAUAUCGAGCCGACUGUUGUCGAGCUGCUCGGCGAGGAGGGCACGGGCAGGCGCAGGAAGGCCAAGAAGGCCAAGAAUGUGGGUAUCGACGGGCGUGUCGUCGUCGGUGCCGCUCGGUAG